AUGGAAAACCCUCGAUCAACCGAGGGUGGGAGAGCUCCGGUUGCCGCGGAAACGUCGGUGCCGAAUGAUUCGAAAGUCGUAAAAAGGCGGGAAAGGUCGCGUGGAAGGUUUCGAAGGAAAAGACAUUCCAAGACCCAGUCUGUUCCUGAUUUGGACUCAAAGCUCAACCAGGAGGGAACAGACCCUUUCCUUGACAGCAAACUGGCCGGAAAUGACGACAAAUAUCAUUCCAUGCCACGUAAAUCAAGAUCAAGAAGUGGAUCUAAAAGUCGUUUUUCCGGAUUGUUUAAACGCAAGAGUAGGUCGACGAGUGGAGUUCGGAGUCGGUCGGAAACGGAUGUCCGGAACGAUGAACGGAAGAGUGCUAGUGAUUUACCAACUGAGGUUCCCAAGCUUCAAGGUAUUAUGAAAAAUAAAAAUGACAAUUCCUCGCGUAGUGCAGGUGACAUUAAUAAAGUGACUGCCUAUUCGGACGACUUUGUGUCAUACGUUCGUUACAGUCCGACAAAACAACCUCGCAGUCGUUUAAAGCGAAUGACUGUAAAGGACGCAAUCGAAGAAAGACGCUCUAUGUUUUCGACGAUAGCAUCUAUAAAGCAACAAGUCGACCAAAAUAAUACAUUAUCAUCGUCACUUCCGGAUGUAAGCAAUAUAGACUCUAUUGACGAUAACGCCAUCAUACAACCAGUCGGAGAUGACGUAGACAGUGCCCCCGUUUCUAACCAAAAGAGUUUCACCCUACCAAGAUCCAAGAAACAGAAAAUUCAUAAAUCAUUAAAUAUCCCUGAAAAUCAAUUUGAAGAUCGAACUUUAUUGAUCCAUUGUGAUAUAAACGGUAAUGGAGGAUAUUCACCUUCCGACGGACCUUCUACUCCUAGUAGGGUGGAAAUUAUCAGUAAUGUUGAUUCUCAAGAUCCGAAAAAAGACAAUAAUGGCGAAUCGGACGAUAAUUCUGAAAUUUUCUUUGAAUGUACUGACACUCUCACAGAAAAUAAACCCGGGAAAUCCAAACCUGAACCAACUAUUGUGCCAGAACACUCCGAUCAAACCGCUAAAGAUCCGUCUUCCGCUUAUAAGAGCCCGGAUGGCAAAAUCCAAAAACACCGUGAUGAAUCUCGCUCAAGAUUUUUAGAACUUAGUCGGAAAAUGUCAGUAGUGCCGACUACUAACAAUACUCAUAUAGACAAUGUUAUAGCCAAUACAUAUCUAGGACGCAAGGAAAGCAUAGCAAACAGUCGCGAUAUUUCACCAAUGGCCAGGUCCUCGGAAAGGUUUCGAUCCAAUUUAGCAAUAAACCAAGUAAAGCGUGAUAUUAGCGACUCCAAAGACUCCAUCAAUACUCUCUCGAACAAACCGUCAUCUAGAGCGUCCACACUUCCAAGGAUGCAAGUUGAGCCCUUGGAGGUGAUUAUGGGUAAAGCCUCAAAACAGUCCUCCAAAGAAGAGCUUCAGCCAUUAAACCUCCAAGAUCUAAUUUCAUCUGCUCAGUCCCUGAACUUUUCUCUUAUUUAUCAACCAAUGUUGAAUUACAAUAAUCCAAAGGGGAAUUUAGAAGGCAUGCCACUUGAAGAAAGGGAGGAAAUCCAUCCUGCUGAGGUCUUGCAGGAAGCUCAAAUUCCAAAACUUGCAAAAGAAGAAGAUCCCCUGUCUGACACAGAGACCGAUCAACCUUUCAAGUCUAAAAAACAAAAAUCAAAGAAAGGCAUAUUUUUCAAAAGAAAGAAUAAUGAUAAAAUUCUGAAAGCUGAAAAGAAAAAAGACAAAGAGUCAAAAAAGAUUACCGAAGAAGCGAAACUUGCCGAAAAAGAAGCGAAGAAGGCAGAGAAAGCGGCAAAGCAAGCUGAGAAAGAAGCCAAAUUAGCAGAAAAAGAAGUGGCUAAAGCGAAAGCAGAAGCAAAUCUCGCUUUGAAAGAUGCAAAAGAAGCCGAUAAAGAGGCAAAACAGGCUGAAGAAGAAGCCACCCAUGCCAAGCUUGAAGCGUAUGAGGCAGAUUAUGAAGCAAAGCUGAAUGAAAAGGAAACAAAGAAAGCCAAACAGUCGAGGCAAGCCGAAAAAGAGGCGAAAAAGGCUGAGAAAGGGGCAAAGAAGGCUGCAAAGGAGGCGAAACAAGCUGCAAAAGAGUCUCAAAAGGCAACAAAAGAGGCCAAACAAGCAGAGAAAGAUGCCAAAGAAGCCAAAAAGGAGGCGAAACUUGCUGAAAAGGAAGCAAGAAAAGCUGCGAAAGAGGCUGAGAGAAAGGAGAAAAAUAAGCUCAAAAGGGAAAAAAGUUCCAAGACUAAGAAAAACAAAGCCAAGUCGAGACAAGAAGACCCUGUUGUGGAAAAAACACCAGAAAAGGUCGAAAACGAACCAGACCUUCCAAAAGACGACAGUAAAGCUCUAAAAGGUGAGCAGAUGGAUACCCAAAAUAAUUGUUCUGCUCCAAAAACAAUACCACAAGAUUUGGAGCCAUUCGUAAAAAUUGAACAAGACCUCCUUCCUGAUGCGACUGGGCAGAUUGAAGAGGAUGCACCAACCUUAAUUCCAAUUGAUCCAAAAGAUAUCAUAUCAACCACCGAAGACCUGAAUGCCGCUGUAACGCUCAAACCACCUGGGGUAUCCAUAUUAAAGGUACCGGACACUAAUCCAGACUCCAAAGAAAAUGACCCUUAUCUCCAAAUACCUAAACGAACAGAACGGUCGUUGAGUGACGGUGAGGUUAAGAGACAGCGAGAAUCCCCUAGAUUAUUCAAGAGAAGCAGCUCCGCGAACAGUGGUCUACCUCCGCCAGUAGCAGAAUCAAAAAUAGAAUACAAAAACGUUCCUCAAAUGGGUACCAGUGUCCAGCAGCGCUACAGACGUACAUUCAGCAGCAAGAGUAACGAGAGACUUAAACUUCCAGAAGGAGUUGCCUUGCUUGAUCCCAAUUCCAGCAGUAUUGAAUCAUCAUCUUCCAUUGAAAACAAUAUGACCAAAUCGAGCUCUCCAGAUGAAGGCAUUGAUAUGAAGACGCAUGACGAUGAGGACAUUAGCAUGGAUAGCGGCGUCCUAAGCAGGGAAACCUCCAAAAAGACUAAGAAUAAUUUGAAUCGACCACGCAUACACUCACAACGUUCCUUUCGUAGCAAGAAAGAAAAAGAGAGGGAGGGAAGCUCGGAACCAGUCAGUCGUUUGGCUGAGAUCAGCACUCAGACCAGCGAGGAGGACCUAAAACUAGCCUACAAACUAUAUAUCAAAGCUAGAAAGAGACAAAAGAAGGAGAGAGAGUUGGCGAAAAGACGGGAAUCGUUUGCAGUGGCGGUUGAGAAACAAAAGGAGGAGGAACGUCUCCAAAGACAAGCUGCAGAAGUUCCAGAAACGUUAGAGGUAAAAACCUCUUUGCCCCUGCCGGAGAUUCGUGUUGCUGACGAAGAGGACGCGAAUGAACCUGGAGUGGCUGUCCAAGACACAACCCUCCUUUCAGAUGUACCAGAAGAGGCACCUGAUCCAGACGACCAACCUGGUGCUGAGGAACCUAUGGAAGAUGAACCAACAGAAACGACUGGCAAAGAAAAGAGAAAGAAGAAAAAGAAGGAGAAGAAGAGGGAUAAAAAGAAAGAAAAGAAAAAAUGGUCAAUCUUUUCUCGUGGAUUCUCCAAAAAGGAAGUCAAAACCGAGGACUCAGAGCCAGAAUUAGACGACCUUGAUAAAUCUAUAGAUCCCAGUAUUCCUCUUAUUGAUGAUGAAACUUUCAUUUUUAUCGAAAACGAAAUCAAUCUAAGCAAACUCGCUGAAAUCAAAGAAACUGACAUUUUAGACGACGAUAUUGUCGAACCAGAUGAGAAAAUCGAUCUUCCAAAAAAGCAUCUUCGAUUUGAUACCAUAAACUUACAGCCCAUUCAGGGCGAAGAACCUUUACCCCCUAUCUCAAAAUUCGGACGACUUUCUCGCCGACGGGACAGCACCAUUCGCGAAAAGCGUAAAAAGUGUUUGAACGCUUUUAAAAAGUUUGUAGCUUUCUUGUUUUCUCAUAUAGGAUUGUGCUCUUUAGUUGUUGCGUAUACUAUUAUGGGUGGAUUUGUGUUUAAGGCAAUCGAAGGACCUUACGAAUCCUCUGUGAAAAGUGGCAUUCGAGAGGAACGGUCCAAACUUGUGGGAAAACUCAUGCAACAUGCGUUUGAAUUGACUAUGAGUAAAAUGGGACGAAUGAAUUUUACUAAUGCUGUGGAUGUAGAACUGCAAAAAUUUCAAAUCAAAAUUCAUACAGAGACUAAAGAUAAUGGAUGGGACGGAAAUGACGACAGGGAUACGCCGGAUGCACAAUGGUCUUUUGCUAGUGCUUUGUUAUACGCCAUUACAGUAAUGACAACAAUUGGUAAGUACUGA